AUGAAGAGCACAUCACUCUUUACAGCAAAAGCGAAAGUGGCGCCCAUAAAGAAGGAACAAACUAUUCCAAGACUAGAACUGUUGUCAAUAUUUCUCGGACUAUCUGUAGCCGAAACAACCAUGUCAAAAUGCGGAAUAAACUUUUCAGAAGUCAACCUCUUCAGCGACUCAACGAUCGCACUAUCAUGGAUAGCUAGCAGCAAAAAGCUUCCACCGAUUGUAACCACACUGGUUCAAAAAAUCAGCUUCGCCGCAGAAAGGAUCAGAGAAACAGCUAAACUCAACUUCUUCCACGUCCCAACAGAAGAAAAUGCAGCGGAUUGCGCAGCAAGAGGAAUCAACAAGCAAGACUUCACAGCUUGCAGAUGGUGGAAAGGACCAAGUUGGCUCAAUCACCCAAAUAAAGAAUGGCCAGUACGUUCCAUCAGUGAUGUCAAAGACAGUGUCGAUGACGAGUGCGAAAUGCUCACUCAUCAAACUACAGAAGACCUUAGCAAAAGCAAUUCUGAUUGGCCAGUCGCUACGAUAAGCAGCUACCCCAAAUUGAAGCGAGUUGUGGCAUACUGCCUGCGUUUCAUCCGCAUGACAAGCAAGAAUAGCCGCUUCAAAAUGGCAGAAGAAGACCAAGGGACAUCACGAUUACCGAACGCAGCUGAGCUUAUUUUCGCUGAAAAACAUAUAGUCUUGCAAGAACAGCGGAUCUACGGGACAGCUCUGGUCUCUAAAAACAAGCAGUUCAAAACUGUAUACGACGGAGGAGGAAUCCUACGAAGACCAUUGACUCACAUAGGCGAAGACGACCCUUCUUGCCAGGUCUUGAGACCAGUAGAUUUCAUCUAUAAGGACGUUCGGCUCGGAAGCACUCAACUUAUACCCGCCGACGAUGAUGUACAGGAUCCAGAUUACCGGAUAAGUCCAGAACUCUCAUCACAAAAGGAAGCCAAAACAGCUCUUCUGGAAACCGAGAAGAUAACGAAAAAGUUCUGGAGUAUUUGGAAACACGACUACCUCCUUGAACUUCGCGACCGUCACCAUGUUUUCAAGAAUGGAAGAACCACAAAUCGCAAACCAGAAGUUGGAGACGUCGUACUGCUUGACGAAGACUCACAAUUGAACCGAGGACACUGGCCCAUGGCUGUUAUAACGCAACUCGUACUAAGCAAAGAUGGAGAAAUCAGAAGCGCAAUCCUGAGAACCACAUCUGGAAGAGAGAUUCAGAGACCUCUCAAUCGCAUAGUCCCCCUAGAAAUUCGUUCAACGAUAGAACACGAAGAUGAGAGACAGGAUCCAACGCCACAAAAAGGAGGAAUAGUGGCCAAGGUUAAAAAGGCGCUCAGGAAGAAACCGACAACUGCACCUGAACCUCGCAAGCAACCACAGAGAGCUGCGAAAAAACCUGUGGACUACGCAUCUUCUAAUUCCUCCACCAUAAAGAGAAGCGCUUCACAAAUCAGCAAGUCAGUGAUGAUAACAAUAUGCUUGACAGCUCUUCUUCUCAUUGAUACGGCAUCCGCAAAUGUGCUAUCCUGCUCUGAACAUGGAGUGAAAGUCAAUACGACUUCGGAAUCUGAGUCACAAUUAUGUCUCAAUUAUAAGGACUGUCUGCAAAUCUCGACGAAGAAAGGAAUGAACGAAGUAGCGCUUCCGCCGAAGUACCGCACAACAGAACAUCGAGUUCAAUGGCGCACCAUGAUCGGAGCAACACAGUACUCCGACACCAUUAUCUGCCCACCAAGAGACAUUUGCGACAUGAUCAAAUGCACAAUUUGUGCAGACUUGCUUCGGAAUCCACACUGCGUCCCCAACACCGCGGUAGCAAUCACAGCAGUUUGCGCAUACCUUAUGAUGCUGCUCAUCUGGUUCAUUUGCUACACUGGACUUCAAGGAAAACGCCUUUUGUGCCGAACUAGCGAGAACGAGAUGCCAACGGAAAAUCCUGUCGCUCCUGCGAAUGAUCGACUUUCCGAGCUUCUAGGAAAACAAUCCCGAUCUCUACCAAUCCAAUCAAAGAUGAUCACAUUUGUAGCUAUUGCAACAUGUCUCAUCGCAGGAGUCAAUUCAUGCCAGUACACUCACACACUCACGUCGAGGAACACCAUUUGCAUGAGGAUCAAUAACACGCUCAACUGUCGCUACACUAUCGAAAACAGGAUAACCUUAAGCGAGCACCGACCUCAAGCUUGCUUCAGGAUUCAACAUGAUAACAAGACAGUUGGCAGCAUGGGGAUACAACUCCAACACGUCGUACUCCAAUGCAAUCCCGUAGUCUUGUUCUACACCAGAGAUGCCGAGAUAGUGACCGAGUCAGCAAAGCGAUGCCAUUUUUCUGGAUCAUGUUCAUCCAACACAUGUGCUCACACUAGCCAGCGAUCCUACAUACCUGAGCUUCACAACACCUAUGAAUUUCCUGGAUACUCAAGGUGCACCUCGUCAUGUGGAAGCAUCGGAUGUGGUUGCCUUCCACCUCUACCUGGAUGUCUCUUCUCCCGCUGA